AUGGAUAUCAGCAACGAAACAGACCUGCACGGCCUCGCUGGUACCUCCCCUGGUCUUGCUUUUCAGACACACUAUCAGCUCGAUACAAUUUCGGAAGCCGACACUUCAGUUGCGCUGUCAAGCGACUUUGGUUCCAUCCACGACACGGCUCCUUCUUCGGUUGAAGAGCAGAACGAACAGUAUGAGCACCUGGUCACCUUGCAUGAGGCCUCGCAACUGGCACUGCAGCUCGACGAUGCGACUUUGCAAAUGCACCAGCAGGAGCUCGACGACCAGCAUAGUUCACACCGCAUUCCUGAUCCGGGUUGCGGUCUCUGCUCCAUGAGUUUUUAUUACGCGCCGUUCUAUAGCGACAAGAAGUAA